AUGGGAAGAUUGAGCCUAUCGUCGUGGAGAGCGACGCAUCUCUGCGUUCCUGGGGUUGUGACUGUGUCUCCUAAACACAGUCCUCAGUCUCCAGACCUAGGGAUCGGGCACACCCAUUCUGAGAAGGCCAGCCAUAGCGAGCACAUAGAGAACGUCGCCGAUAUUUACCUGCAGCCGCCUGCCGGUCUAGUAAAUGAGCGAGUUUCCAGCAAGGGCAUCGUCCAGGAGGACGAUCCGACAGAGCCCUGGUCGUUCCAGCCGAAGCGUCUCCCGGACGAGAGCCUACCUUUCAUACUCGCGACCGUCGUCAAGGAGCGUGAUGGGCAGGAAAAUGAAAGUGGGAGGCAAAGUAGACUCUGGAUCGUCGUAAACGGCGUCGUCCUGGACGUCACGGAAUAUCAGUUCGGGCACCCAGGCGGUCGUGCCAUUAUCUCAGGUUUCGGCGGCCAGGACUGUACGUGGCAGUGGUUCUCGUUUCAUGGUAUGGACAUCUGGCGAUCUGUGGCUGCUGGGCUGCGGGUCGGCAGGACCGAAGGUGUAAUGAAUCCGUUCCGGCGACCUAAAGGUAUCGUCGGCUUGCAAGGCCAUGGAUUUCAGGACUGGGAUUGA